AUGCCCCGUGCCUUCCUGGUCAGGAGUCGGCGUCCACAGCCACGCAACUGGGGCCACCUGCCUGAUCAGCUCCGGGGAGAUGCCUAUGUCCCAGACUGCAGCAACCAGCAGGGCCCUCCAGCACACCAGUCUUCUGGCCUCGGAGACCCUUGGGUAGCGCCCAUGCAGGGCAGGCUGGCCUCCGCUCCCGGGGGCCCGGGGACACUUGGCUGCCCACUCUGCCUCAAGGCCUUCCCUCUGCAGCGCAUGCUGACGCGACACCUCAAGUGCCACAGCCCCGCGCGCCGUCACAUGUGCCACUGUUGUGGUAAGGGCUUUCACGAUGCCUUCGACCUCAAGCGCCACAUGAGGACUCACACCGGGAUCCGGCCAUUCCGCUGUGGAGCUUGCGGAAAAGCAUUUACACAGCGCUGCUCACUGGAAGCUCAUCUUGCCAAGGUGCACAGGCAGCCGGCCAGCUACGCUUAUCGUGAGCGCCGUGAGAAGCUGCAUGUGUGCGAGGACUGUGGCUUCACCUGCUCGAGGCCGGACGCCUACGUGCAGCACCGCGCCCUACAUCGCGCUGCUUGA